AUGUGUGUUUGCUUAGCCGGCUUGUAGUAGUUGUAGUUAUUUGGUAGUUAUAGGCAUAAAACAUUUUACCCUUGAAAGAAUUUCUUUAUAAUAUGCAUUAACAAUAUUUAAUUUAUCCAUAUUAUUUCUAUAUCACGAUUUACCAAUUGGAGACUGAGAGUCUUGGAACAGGGCUUCAUUUACCAGAAAAAUAAAUUGCCCUCCAAAAUGUCGGGAAAAGCGUAUACUAUGAGAGAGAUGAAAACUAUAGUCGAAUAUUUAACAGAGCAUAAAGCUUACAAUGAAAUUAAAGGUAGAAAAAUGUGGAAGGAUUUAGCAGACUCGAAGAUUACAAAUAGAACAUGGCAAAGUCUGAAGGAGACAUUUCUUAAAAGAAUAUUGCCAGAUAUUCAGAAUCCUUACUACAAACUGUCACUACUUCAGAUAUCAAGUUUUAAACAGGGCCAUGAUGUAGAAACAAGACUCAACAAUAAACUUAAAAUUCGUUCGGCUAGUCAAGAUUCUAAUACUGAGAGUGAAGACAAGGAAAAAGAGGAAGCUGCUGACGAUAAGGAUCAAAAUGAAAACGCAGAUGCAGGUGAGGAACUUAAACAGUCAGAAUCUGAUUUAAGAGCAUCCACAGAAACACUUGUUCUAGAAAAUGUCGAAGAAAAGGAUCAGUCACGAAAAAAAUCUCUAAGAGAACUAAUAACAUAUUCUGAACCUUUGACACCCAUGCUACAAGCAGUUAUUGAUGAUUUUGCUUCGGAGGACGGUGAAGGUUCAAACGAUGAGCCCAGGAUGCAAAUAGUAGAACUAUCAGAAACCGAAGCAAAUAAUGAGGAUGAGGGUAAAGGUACAAAUGAUAAGGCCGUAGAAAACGCCACGCCUAAAGAGUCACAAAAACAAAACAAGUCUACUGAAAAAUUACCAGAUACAGCGGCCAAUAAAUCAUUAUCACCUAAAAAGUCUGAAACAGAAGAGCCACAAUUGGAUAAUAUAGAACCUACAAAUGUUGAUUGCUGCAAUGCCAAAAAUGAUAAUAUGUCAAUUAUUCUCAGUGACACUGAUGAAGUUACUCAAAAUAAUAAAGAUGAAAUAGGUAAAGAAAACUCAGCUAUGGGACAGGUAAAAACGUCAACUGAAACGACACAAAAUUCUAACACGACAACUGAUACACUUUUGCCACAUAAUCAAGAAGGAUUUAAAGGAAACACACAAAGUAUAUCUGAUAGUAGUAAAGAAGUAGUUAAAGAAACUCAAAAUAAAAAACGUGGUAAGAAGAGAGCUAAUUCGCAAGAAAAUCAAUCUUCUGCCAUAUCGAAAAAAAGAUCACAUAAAGGAAAACAGUCUACAUCAGAUACGGACACACUUAUUAACAGUAACAGAAACAUAUCGACUAAAUCUAGUCAAAUUACUAUUAAAGAAAACGUUUCCGAAGCAACUGUGGUACCUCCCGUAAAUGAGAAUCGUAAAAGUGUUGAUGUGAUCGACAAUACAGCUCCAGAGAAAGAUCAAGAAGAUACAACAGCUAAAGACUUAGAAAAUAAUGAAGAAAAUAAAGAAAAAAUUGAGAAUCCAUGUUUGAAAAGUGUAAGCCUGUAUGAGGAACAAUUUUCAAACUCCAAGUACACUGAUUCUGAAGCAAGUCACAAAGACGAAAAUACGAAUAAUGAUAAACAAAAAAAGGACGAAAGCGAGCAACCAAGUAAAAAAGCUAAAACUAAAACGUCUAAAGAAAAGACUGCCACUCAACAAAUAAUAGCACAUCAACCACAAGUCAAUACAGCAAAAUCAGAAACUACUGCAUCAAAUGAGGUUCUUAUUUUAAAAUCUCAUUCAGAUUCUCACAGUGACAGUGGUAACGAAAGAACAAAAAAACUUCCUGGACGAGCAAUAAAACAGCACAGGGAUAAGGUUUUAGCUGACGUUUUUGGAUUUUCAAGUGGUAUAAGAAGACGUCGCAAGAGCAGUAAUAAAUACAGGAAACCCACUUCAUCUAGAAAUAAAACAUUGAUCAUCAGCUCAGAGUCGAGUGAAUGGACAUCGGAUACAGGCUCAGAAUAUGUAUCGCCACCUCGCAGUCGAAGGAACAGGAAGACUAGGAAAUAUAAAAAACCUAAGUCAGCGCGAAUAUUUUCGUUGGAAGAGGAAGGCUGUCUGUUCGUGAUGUAUGGCAAUAAGAUUUAUCCCGUCGUGAAGGAUGAUAAAAUUACUAAAAAUUACGUCACUUACUCACCGGACAGCGAUCAAGGCGAGUCGUUCUGGAAAUUAAAAUACGAGGAGGAAAAGAAGAGAAGAUCUGAAUUGACCAAAUUAUUAAAACAAGCCCAAGAAAAGAGUAACAAUGAUGUACUUGAUAUCGAAAACGAAAUUCCUGUAUUACCUACAACUUCAAAAAAUCAAACAGACGAAAGGCCAAAGAAAUCCCUCGAACAAGUGACAGAUAGAGAGAGAAUACCAUUUAACAAAGACGCGGGAGAUAAUAAAUCUGCACAGGAAGAAAAGACUAUUAAAAUAAAGUUUACCAAAAAUAAUGAGGUAAGGUCAUCUAACCGGCAACUCGUACUUAGAGAUGUUAGGAAAGUAAUAUCUGAGUUAGUAGACGAUGUGCCGUUAGCUUACUCGAGAGGUAUGUACUACCAAGACGACGGCUGUCCCGCUCAUUACGCGAGUGUAGUGCGUGCGUACCUGGACAAUGAGUUUAGUGAUAGUAUAGAAAUUCAUGAAAAGGUAAACAAAAUAGAAAGUGAAAUCUUUAAGGAAAUAGAAGAAAGGGAGAAAGAGAAGUCACCCACUCCUAAAGAAGCGGUACAACCAAUAGAGAACAAUGUCACAAAGAGAAGAGGCAGACCGAAAAAAUCUCAACUACAUACUGAACAAAGUCCGGCUAAGAAAGCAAAGGUCAAUGAAACUGAACAUAAGUCAGAUGAAAUGGAGUCUGCAAAUGAAUUACUCAACACACCUGUCACUACAAGGAGGACCACUCGGACACCAAAGAAGAGUGAAACAGACACUAAUGAGACGACGGACACUAAGGUAGUUAAAACAAGACAAAAUACGAAGUCACUAACUCCUAAGGACUCACAGGAUGACGUCAGAUACAAGUUUCCUUCACCUUCACAGACUAGGAAGUCAACCACCAACAAAACAAAUAAAGUAACAAAAAAUACGAGACAAAGAAAAUAUAGCAGUUUGGUGAACAUCAAAACGUGUUACUCGCCAGAAAACCUUUCCCUUUGUUCCGUAGAAAGCACUCAGGGGUACAUAGAUUCUGACGAGAGUCCGAUAAAAAUGUGCACGAGAAGAAAAAAACGAACGAACUUAACACUAGACUCGUACAGAAGUAAAACCCAAACGUGGCUCAGAAAGAGAUCCCACCCGUAUUUAACUGAUGAUAUCACGAGUGAGUCGAGUAACUCUUUCAAAGGACCUCCGCUAAAAUCGAUCACUUUCGAAAAUUCAACACUAAAAUCAGACGUCUAUAAGUCAGAAUCGUAUGAACUUCUGAUGAAUGAAAAUGUUACAUUAAGAAAUAAAAAUUCUUCUCGCCUAGAAAGAAUCGAAGAAAUUGAUAAUCUGUCUAUGGACGUUAAUGUAAACGAUCAAAUUUGCGAAGAUAUUAUCGAUGUUAAAAUAGAAAAAGACUUGCGAGAGAAAGACAAUUUAAACAGUGAUAGUUCAAGCGUCAUAACAUUACCGACAUCCCCGGUUUUGUCGAUAGUUGAAAAUAUAUCGAUUAGUAAAUCUAUGCUAAGUCAUUCAAAUGAUUUUGCUCUCGAAGAAAAGAUGCCAAGAAACGAGGUAAAUGGACAAACAAUUCUCAACAAACUUAUUAAGGUAUACGACGAUGUAUCGAUGCCUCUGAUGGAGCAGAAGUGUGACAUCGUAUCGAGCGCACAGAAUGGAGUAGAGUACCACUAUAAUUUAAAUGUUCCAAAGACAUCAGUUUCGGAAUCUCUUGUCAAUAACAUGAAUGUAGUUAACAUUGAAGAUUCAACUCUGUCUGAAUCUAUUCAAAGUAAACUAAAAGAUUUAAUGUUAGAUAGUACUAAGAAAAAGAACCAAAGUAAUUCUAAUAGUUUAAUGAAUAAGGACAAAACAGAAAUACAAAAUGAAGGAAAACUUGGUGACAAAAUAACCAAACAAAAGAGACGAAGCUCUACGCCUCGUAAACGACAAAGUACUCGUAAGUUAAAAUUAAUGACUAAUGAAGCUUGCAUUGAAGAAGAACACAUGGAGACUUGUUCACAGUCAAGUCGAAAGUCUUGUCCCCCCAUGAUACAAGUAUUUGAAAAUUUAAAUUUAGAUACUGAAAUGAAUAAUUCUAUAGAAAUUUUUGAAACCAAUGUCAAUAAGUCUAAAGGAAGAAAGAAAAAGAAUAUUAUAAAAGUGAAAAUUACAAAACCGAAAGCAAAGGAUUUGAAUAAAGAACGUCUUGAAAAAGGGAUUGAAAAUGUACAUAUGUCUAAUCAAACAGACAGUGGCAUAAACGUUGCUGAAUCAAGUGUAUUUUUUAACACUUUCAACAAUAGCGUAGAUCUUAUACACAAUCAUUCUGAAACUUGUCUCAACGCUAACGAGUGUUUAGGGGAUAGCGUUGAAGUCAUACAAAAUUCCACACAAUCGAUCUUGUCUAUUGAUUCCAAUUCAAAUAAAUCACAAGAAAAUGUCUCCCGAAAUUUUUUUGACAGUUUAACGGAAAAUUUGGCUCACGAACUGUUUUCCAAUAAUGCUCAAAAUGUAUCUGUACUUCAAAAAGUUUUUUCGUGCAUUUUAGCAAUCGGUGUUUCAGAAUACAAAACGGCUGAAAGCGCUGCUGCCACUGUGUACCAUACUCCUAUCGGGAGUUUGUCGCCGCCAGAAAGUCUCAUGACAGAAGAUCUAUCCGAAGAAAUUCGUGAAAAAACUACUCCUAAUGCAACAAAGUGGUUUCUUUUGUCAGAAGAUGAACUCACGAAUACAAAUUUAAUGGACAUUAACCAAAAUUCAAUAGCCAAAUUUGGAUACGGGGCCAAUUUAAAUGAAAUAUUUCCUAUUACAUGCGCCGUUCCUAAUUUAUCUACUAUUACAGAAAUGUCUAAAGAAAAUGAUGAAAAUACUAAAAAUUUUAAUGAUGAUACAAAUACGAGAAAUGAUUUAGAUUCCCAAAGUUUAUUUAAUUGAUGUUUUUGUUCAGUUUAUUAUUUAUUAUUUAAUGAUA